AAAGCAGAGCUAAAUGUAAUUUGCAAAUAAUUUAAAAACUUUUGUCUGUGCAACGUGUUGAUUAACGUGCAAUCAGUAUGAAUAACGAUAACCCGAAUAUAAUAUUUAAUCCCCUAAUAAGCAGCAUACAAAAAGUGGUUUUAUAUGAGACACGCUCGCGCUUAUAUUUAGUGGGCAGCAACAAUCGAGAGACGCGUUUUCGUUUACUCACCAUCGAUCGCCUGGCGCUGAACCGCCUGAGCAUUGAGGAAAAUGCAAAUGAGUUUAAUAGCUCGGACAUUAGAAGAUUCGUUUCUUCGCUGUCUGGUUCUCCUAAAGUCACCUCGGCCUAUGGUGUUUUAGGCUUCGUGCGCUUCUUGGAAGGCUAUUACCUGAUAUUAGUGACCAAGCGGAAAUGUUGUGCCCACAUUGGCAUGCAUUUAAUAUAUACCAUCAAGGAUACGGUGAUGGUGCGCGUCAAUGAGGUGACUUCGCAGCGACCGCCACAUCCACAUGAAGAGCGUUAUAAACGCAUCUUUCAAAAUAUUGAUUUGCGUAGCAAUUUCUACUUCUCAUAUUCCUACGAUUUAACGCGCACUCUGCAGUAUAAUGAAUCAGCUCCUCGUUAUGUGGGCACUAAAGUCGAUUUAGAGCGUGAUGAGCCACUGCCCGACUGGAACAAGCUGACCAACAAUGUAGCCCAAGCACAUGAGCGUGUUGACUAUGCAUUCCGCAGUGAUUCACGUAAAAGAUUUGUUUGGAAUGCAUAUCUGUUGCAGCCCAUGGAGGGACUAAUGCUGAAGGACUGGCUGCUGGAAGUAACGCAUGGCUAUGUGAGUCAAUCUUGCUUUAGCAUAUACGGCAGACAUGUAAAUGUCUGCCUGAUAGCACGACGCAGUUCGCGCUUUGCCGGCACGCGUUUUUUGAAGCGUGGUGCCAAUUUUCAGGGUGAUGUAGCCAACGAAGUGGAAACAGAGCAGAUUGUCAGCGAUGGCCAGCGCUUAUGUGCUUUUACCCAAAUGCGUGGCUCCAUACCGUCACAUUGGUCACAGGACAUAAGCAAAAUGGUGCCCAAGCCACCUAUACAACUGGACAUCUGUGAUCCGUUUGCGCAGACGCCCUCACGUCAUUUUGAACGACUGCUUUUCCACUAUGGUGCGCCACUUAUUAUGCUGAAUCUGGUGAAGAAGCGUGAGCGUCGCAAGCACGAGUCUAUUAUCUCCAAGGAGCUAGAGAAUAGUAUUGUUUACUUAAAUCAGUUUCUGCCGCCACUGCAUCACAUGAAGCACAUACACUUUGAUAUGGCGCGCCACAGCCGACAAAGUGGUGGCAAUGUCAUGGAGCAGCUGGCUGUGCAUGCCGAGAGCAUUAUACAGCAGACUGGCAUGUUCUACAAGGCGCGUCGUGGCAGUGAGCUGAGUCUGCAAACAGGCAUAGUGCGCACCAAUUGCGUGGACUGCUUGGAUCGCACAAACUCGGCGCAGUUUGCCAUUGGCAAGUGUGCGCUGGGACAUCAACUGGAGCGUCUGGGCUUUGUAAAGUCUGCCAAGCUGGAAUUCGACUCGGAUUGCGUUACUAUGCUGGAGCACUUGUACGAGGAGCAUGGCGAUACCUUGGCGCUCCAAUAUGGCGGCUCUCAGCUGGUGCAUCGCAUAAAGACCUAUCGCAAGACCGCCGCCUGGGCCUCACAAGGCAACGAUGUCAUGCAAACGCUCAGUCGCUACUACAGCAACACAUUCAGCGAUACGGAGAAGCAGCAGAGCAUUAAUUUAUUCUUGGGACUUUACAAGCCAGCUUUUGCCUUAAAUCAACCUAUUUGGGAGCUGCAGACAGACUAUGAUAUGCACAAUGCCUUUGUGCCCAGCACCUCGAGUGCGCCCAUAACGGACUGGGUGCGUCAUAAGGUGCGCGAAUGCUUGCCCUACUCCUGCGCGGACUCCAAUAAGCUGGUUAAGGAACUCUUUCGCGUGCACAGCAAUGGCCUGGAAAUGAUUGAUUCGUACUCCAACUAUCAUCAGUCGUUCAAGUGGACCGAUCUAAGCGAGCACAUUGAGUUUGAAAUCAGUCAGCUCGCCACGCGCUUUAUGCCCACAUUCCGCACCAACUACAGUCCUUUCCAGCGCCAAAUACAAACAUCGCGCAAAGCGCGUCAGAAUCCUUCAAUGACUGGCCAAAGCUCCACGAGCUCCACCAACAGCAAUUCCUCCAGCGAUGAGGGCGACGACAGCUCCAGCGAUGAAGAGCUCAGCACCAGUCUGGCCGAGAAGGAAGCCAAGCAAGCCGAGGCCGCAGAGCCUGCACCCUUUACGCUCAGCGCUAUACUGCCAGCCAUGGAAGAGGUCUACGGCUGCAGCAUCAGCACGCCCUCCAAGCAAAACAUGAGCAUCUACAAGAAGUACGUGCAAAUGGCAAAGCUGUCCAGUGGUGGAGCGCAGCACGCGAAGACAGCUGUGGCUCAGCGUGAGCAUGAGCAGGCCAAGAUGCUGCGUGGCGUAACGCUGCGUCCGCUGGGCGACUACGGCACGGACACAUAUCUCAGCGUCAAGCCUCCCACCGUGCCCGCAAAGAGUUUGCGCAUCUAUAAGGAAUACUGCAAUACGCCGCGUAACUUCAAUGCGGUGCCUAAAUUUGAAGAAUUUGAUUUAUUAUAUCAGUAUGUGCAACGGCUGGCGAAGCCGGCGCCUGUGAGGCCGCCGCCGCCGCCCGUGUCUGCUUGUUAAUUAAAUAUUAUUAUAAUUAUUUAUUGCUGGAAUA